GUGGCCGCCCCAGAGACAACCACGCGUGCUAAGCGGAGGGCGAAAGCAGGCAGGAGAGCAGCGGCGAUGCCUUGCCGGCGGCCGGGCGGAGAGCGCUUCCUAUUCCUGGAGCGCGCCGCCGUCUCUUUGCAGAGCGGUACCGGGACGGCCGGCAGCGGCUCGAAAGAAGUGGACGCCUUGGUGGCCAAGCUGGGCGAGGUGCUGCAGUUGAGCUCCCAGCACCGGACGCCGGCGGCACCCCGCCUCCUCCCGAGGCAUCACGGCCGGGACCGAGUAGCUCCAUACUCGUCCCCGAGAAGUCUGGGCUUCUUAGCCUCGCUACACCACCGCCACCCGCCGCCCCACCCGCGCCAGUCGCCCUCGCUGCUCCUUUGGCCGCCGCCGCCCCCUCCUCCUCCGCCCACUGCGGACCAGAAGGGCAGCCCGCGGGUCUCCAAGCAGCUGUGCGGCCGGGGCUGGUUGCGGAGCUCCGCUCGGGCCGGGAGGAAGCAGCAGCCCCGUCGCUACCACCAUCACCGCUACCGCUCGCUGCUGCCCGACGACGACGAGGACGACGACCCUCACCGCCUCCUGCAGCAGCUCAUCCUCUCCGGCAACCUCAUCAAGGAGGCGGUGCGGAGGUUGCAGUUGGCGGCUUCGACGGCGGCCGAGACUUCUUCCACCACGGGCUCCCCGGGCUCCGUCUCAUCCGCCGGGAGCUGCUGCCGUUGCAGUAGCAGCGACGGAGACGCGGGCUCAGCCUUCACCGUCGCCUCUUUGCAAGCCUUGCCCUAACCCCGCCGCGUGGUAGCCUGGCCCCGCUUCUUCCCGGGAAGGGGGCCUCGGGGGAAGAGACCUCGCCUAUUCGGCUUCCCUGAUCCCGGUACGCGCGGGGGUCGCCGACUGCAAAGCCCCCCAGAGGCGGAUUGUUUAAGCCACGGCCAGAUACUUGAAGCAGACCCUCGCGGGGGCUUUGCCAGGACUUUCAAGCGAUGAUUCUCGGUCGCUUUUUUCAUUACUCUUGAGCCACUUGACGAUCUGCUGCCGUUUCUCUUUUCGGGGAAACGAAACAAAAACAAAACAAAAGACAGAGGUGCUAUUGCGGCUCCGGACGGUGGUUCUCCAGCCUCCCGCCCGGCCGUCGAUCAGUCCCGGUCCCGUCCCACGUCUGUCCCCAACCCCCUGCCCGACGAUCCGGAUCUGUCUUCGGUUGCUGGAGUUGGCGCCUGCCACCGGGGCGCCCCAAACCCUACCUCUCUCGCUGUCUGCCCUCGGUGUGGGGAGCGCAAAGAAGGGACCAUCCCGCGUGGCAUUGUCUAGCGUGGAAUCCGCGCGCCCGCGCGCGCCCCCUCGUCUGGGUGCGCGGGUUAGGACACAUGGGGCUGUUGAAUAGUAAAGACCUGUCCACGUACACGAUCGGAACGGGGGGGAGGGGUGGACACCCUAGAGUGGACGCUGCUGGACACUGAAAUAUAAUCCGCUUUGGAUCGCCCUUCCCCAUCUUUCUCGCGAAGGUCACCCUUUUUUUUCUGCCCCCAACCCCGUGUUUUGGUGUCUUUGCUGUGUUCCCCAGGCAGGUGGCCAUGGUACUGUAAUCCUAUCCCUGAUUGUUUUGACUGGCAAACCCUGUUGUGUUUUGUAACGGCUGGGAGUCUCCUGAGGACGAACACGUUGUUCCAAGCUUUCCUCUCCUCUCCACACACACCCCACUCCGCUUCGUUCCCAAAGCUCCUCCUCUCCUUACAAGCUGGGUUUUUUUUUUAAGGAAGGGGGUCAUAUUUCAGCAAGCUUUCUAGGAAAACUACCCGGGUAAUUGGGGAGGGGGGGAUUUUCUCCAGCCAGAACAGAGCCCAGAGAUUUGCUUGUUGGUUUCUGUAUGUCGUGGCAAGCCAAUACGCCCCAAAGAAGGAAAUAAAUUCUUGCCCGUUUCUGAUUAGCUGAAGAGAAAAAUUCCAUUUCUGAUGACCCUUGUCUGCACCCUCCCCUCUGCCAUUUCUUCUCCUUUGGAGCAUUCAUAGUUGUUUUUGAAAACAGAAAACAAAAACCUAGAAAUACAAUCUGUAUGAAGCCAUUUUUUUAAAUUACAAAAAAAAAUAGGAAUCUAAAAGCUGGAAAGCAGCUGGCUUCAAACUGAACAUUAUCAGAGAUUGUGGAUGAAGUACUCUGUUAACUGAAGGUAGCUAAUCGCAAGCUUUUAAAAAUAAAAACAAUAUAAUGUGUGUAUAUAUCUAUAUGCGUGUGCACACCCUCUGGUUUAGCAGAAGCAGUUGUGAACUAGGUAUGUGUGUAUAAGUGCUUUUACGCAUAUUUAUAUAUAUACACAUAUGUACACUUCGUAACGGAGUGUUGAAGUUGUGUUCCUGGUUUUCAGGGGUUGUCUUUAAUGUGUAUCUAUUGAAUAAACAUGGUAGAUUUUAUAUAUUAAAAA